UAUAUUUAUUUCAUAUGGGUAUAGAGCAUAUGGAUAACCUGCCUUUCUUUCCUCGCGGAUGGAACUGCGCCACCGAGCUAACCUUGUUUCCAUAAUAAGGGAAAGAGACGGGGCUCUUUCGAGUACGUAUUUAGAAUUCCCCUUCUUCGCCCUCCCCGAGCCCGGCCACUCGCGGGCGCAGAUAAGAUCAGCCUCCCCGCCCGCCCUGCGUGGCUUUCGGUUUCGGAUCCGGCGGAGGCGCCUCGGCUGCCGAGCGAGCGACAUGGCGUCUGCCUGGAGGAGAGCCUCGAGGGCUCGGCCGCUGCAGCGGCGCAAGCGGCGGGGAUGAGAGCGGCGGCGGGGCGCUCGGGCGCGGCCAGGAGUCACAUCAGCACUUACCCACCUGUAGAGACCACCGCAUAGGAUGUUAUUUUAAACUAUGAUGACAUUUUUCAUGGGACCACUGCAUUUCUACAAACUUGUGUACAUCAGUGCUCUGAUCUCUGCUGUGUACAGUUUACUUGAAACCUCGGUUCAACUCAAGUUGAAAAUGGAGCCACGGGAUUUUGAGUACAUAUUGACGUGGGAAGCUGGAAAUAAUACAGGGACUCCCACAUGCUACAAUGUGAUGUAUAGAACGAGAAGUUAUCCAACACCAAACAUGAAGAUUGUCGCAGAGUGUUCCAAUAUCACACGUUCAUUCUGCAACUUGACAAAAGAGUUUACAGAUCCCUACGAGUCAUACAAAAUUGUAGUGGAGCAGGUCACAGAAAGCGGAGUGCAUUCUUCAGAUACUUCAUUCAGUCCAUAUGCUGACACAUGCCUAACACCACCCCAGUUCGAGAUUUCUGCUUGUCCAAGCUGCGCAAAUGUGACAGUGAAACUUUCAGCUUUGUUACUUCGUGUAUACCAAGAGCUUGAUUACACGGUCACAUUGAUAAGAGACAAUGUCAAGGAAAAGCGUGUUGUCAAUACAACCAGACAAGAGAUUUUCCACACUGUCAUUGGAGAUUUGAGUUUCAAUACAAAUUAUUGUAUUGCUGUUGAUGUGAAAACAAGUCUAAAUAAUCAGUGCGCUCCGUCUGUCCCCAAAUGCCUUAUCCUCAGCUCCAAUAAUAUAUCAGGUCAUAUUAUAUUACCAGCGUUAUUUGGCAUAUUAAUUUCGUUGGUAGGAGUACUCACUCUAUUUAUCCUGUAUAAAACCGGUGAUAUUUGCUUAAGAUGGAGGAAAUGGCCAAGAGUCUUGAGCAUCAUGCCAAAAUUAGACUAUUCCCUUUUUAAAUCAGAACCAGAAGAAGUGCACACCGUCCAGGUCACCCAACAAAGUAAAAAAAAAGUAUGUGGCUACAAUUCCGAUGAAGAAGACAGUGAAAGCGUUGCUGGAAAUGAUGAUUUAUAUACUGCACGUGGUUUUUUGGGGCAGACUUCAAAGUCCUGCUCGCAGGAGGACAGUGCAGAGCCACCAUCCCUAGACUGCUCAUCCACUACAAGUAAAAUAGCUGACCCCCAGGAUGAUGAAACAGAAAAGCUUCUGCUCAUCGGCUGCUCAUCUGCUACAAGUGAAAUGCCUAAACCUGUAGAUGCUGAAGCAGAAAACCCUCAGAAUGAUAUUAGCAAAGAAGAAAGCCCAACAAUUCAAAUAUUUCAUCCUUCUCCUGAAGUGGACUCCGCUAAUGAGCCAGACCUGGAGUGCAGCAGCUGUUCCAACGUAAACUUAAAUACUGUGGUGCUAGGAAUAUCUGGCAAAAAUGUGAAUGCUUCUGCAACAUUAAGCUCUUGCCAAGAGAAGGCUGCGGAGUUGUGUGUUUCUGAUGCAUUUGAACUGAAACAUUUCACUGAUGCGCUAGAAAUGCAGAACUCUGACAUUCAUAACCUCUCUUGUUCCUGGCAAAAUUCUAAUGGGUCUGGAGGAAGUGAGUCAUCGGAUUCAGAAACGGACUGUAUUGGUGAAUACAUGAGCAGAUGAAUCAAAGAUGGAUAAAAGAAUAGCAUCUUCCUGUACAAUAUGUAUUCCUAGUGUCAAGGGACUGGGUGGGAUCUGUCUAAUGCUAUCAGUGUUGUACAAGUACAUAUGAAAAUGCAGCACUGUUGUGAAUUCCCACAGCAUUAAUAUUGUUUUCUGUUCUCUCCUUUUUUUUAACGGGAAGGCAAGCCACUUACUAAUCUGCUUCCAGUAUAACUGAGUACCCACAAUCUGUCAUGGCCUGGUUGGAUGCAGAGAAAUGAUUCGAUAAACAAGCUGGGGGAUCACCAGGUGAAGAAGGCUCAGAGCCCAGGGAGUGGUGGUGGGAAGACAAUGAGUGGUCAGAAGGAGAAGACAGAGAAGAGGUGUCGCAAGCUAACAGGGCUUAGUGAGCCUGCAGAGUCUGUGGUAGAGAGAAGUCUAGAAUCAGAGGCAGAGACUGAAGCAGGAGGGUGGGAGGAGAGAGGCCAAGAGACAGAGAUGAGUCAGGCUGAUGAAGGCUCCCUGGUGUUUUCUUCUACUGCAACAAGCUCCCCUUCCCCUUGUCUCCUAGAACCAGAAGGGGCAUGAAAAGUGCAGAGGAGAGAUUGGUGAUGCGCAGACGUAACCUCCGAUUGCUUGGGGAAAAAUCCUGGAGAGGAGAGGUAGCUGUGGGUAGGUGGGGACCUUCAGUCUCAGCAACUGCUUUAUGGGAGCAAACCUACCAAGCAUGACUUGCUGCACUCAUUAGGCCAGGCACUCCUGUACAGAUUGUGUUUUUGCUAAUAAAGAGUUAACUCCAACUUG